AUGAAUAAAUUAAUUUCAUUCUUAUUAGUAUCAUUAUUUUUAGUUGCUGUAGCUUCUGCUCAAACCAGCUACCCAAAUCUCCCAACUGAAUUCACUGCCGAUGUUGAAAUUCAAGUUGAAACCUCUCAAUCACCAUUCCCAAUGCCAUCAAUCAGUGGUACUAUGUAUUAUGCUUACCAAAAGAGAGUCCAAAGAAUGGAUUCAACCGAUCCAAUGUUUGGUCAAACCGUUACUACCCUCGACCGUUAUGAUCAAAUGAACGAAUAUAACUUUGCUUCUGGUGAUUGCAAAUGUUCACCAAUCUCUGGUGAUAUGCCACUCUAUACCGUCUUACCAGGUAGCACUUAUCAAGGUCAAUCAAAUGUCAAUGGUGUUGAAAGUGACCAAUGGAUGUUCUCUUUAUCACCAUCUGUCAACAUUUCACUCUUUGUUGACCCAACUCGUGAAAUUUUAACUCAAGCUGUUAUGCUUGUCAGCCAACAAGGUACCACUAUGACCACCACCAUCACCUUCUCAAAUGUUAACACCAACUCAAUCUCUGAUGAUAUCUUUGAAGUCCCAGCAUACUGUCAAUGCCCAACCCCAGCCCCACCAGUUAUCCCACCAGCUAAUGCUUGUCCAGGUAACCCACCAUCUGGUUGUAAUUGUGCACCAGCCUUAAGCUUCUGUUCUGAAGUUAACUAUCCAAUCGAUUCAUCUGAUGCUCCAUCAGUCGAUGCUAUGAUCGAACAAACUUUCAAUAACUUUGUUUCAUUCGCUCAACCAACUGCUGCUUGUGCUUCAAACAUGAAAAGCUUUUUAUGUGCAACUUUAUUCCCCCUCUGUACUGGUUCAAUUAUCCCAGUUUUACCAUGUGCUAACCUUUGCCCAAGCUGUAGCUGUGGUGCUGGUAACAAUACCUGUGCUGCUGCUUUACCAAAUACCGUCUGUACUCAAUAUGGUAAUGGUUUCUGUUAA